AUGAAGGACUUGCUCAUAAUUGCUCCAUUAUCUCUGUUAUGGAUGCUGUCCUUCAUACCCCAGACCCAAUGUGUGAGUCCAGUGAACUGUCAGUGGGGACCUUAUGGAGAGUGGUCACCAUGUGACGGGUGCACAAAAACUCAGACGCGGGUGCGUUCCAUUGUGGUUUACCCUCAGUUUGGUGGUACUCCCUGUAGUGGAGGCUCAGUUCAGACCCAACCCUGUGAGACUGCCCAAGGCUGCCCCUUAGAGCAGGGCUGUGGAAACAGAUUUCGCUGCCAAUCAGGGACCUGUAUCAGUAAAGCUCUGGUCUGUAAUGGAGACUCAGACUGUGAGGAGGAUAAUUUAGAUGAGCAUAACUGUAAAGAGGAAGAUUCCAAGACUGUGUGUGACCUACACAAGCCUCCACCCCUUAUUGAGGUUACUGGUUUAGGGUUUGACGUUGUUAAAGGUCAGAGGAAAGGCAGCGUGAUAAACACUAAGAGCUUUGGGGGACUAUGCAAUAAGGUGUUCAGUGGAGACCACCGGAAGUUUUACAGGCUGCCCCAGAGUGUUCUUCAGUAUUCCUUUCAGGUGAAAGCAGAGAGUGAUUUCUCAGAUGAAUUCUUCAAGAGCACAUGGUCUUACGUGAAGCAAAUUCAAGAACGGGAACAGACAACGGGCACAACUAAAGGAUACCGUAACUACGACUUUAAAGAUGCACUGGCAACAGUCAAGGGUAACCAUUUAAUAGUGAUUAAGAGUGACAUUGAGGUGGCGCAGUUCCAGAACAGACCUCCAGAGUACCUCCCCCUAUCUGAAGAGUUUUGGAGAGCUCUCUCCACCUUGCCUGUAGUCUAUGACUAUGCGGCCUACCGGAAAGUGCUCGAGAGGUUCGGCACCCAUUUCCCGUCAAGUGGCACACUAGGCGGAAAGUUCCGGGCUCUACUAAACAUUGAUACAGACAUCAUGGAAAAGGAGCUCUCUCAGAGAGAGGACUUCAAGGAGUGUGUCACACGUACACACACAAUCUUUUUCUUCUUUAAGAAAACCACAACAAAAUGCAGAGACUAUAACAAUGCGUUUCGCAGCGCUUUUGGACACAAAAAUAUAAAAGACCUGAUUCAGGCUAAAGCAACUGGUGGAUAUUUGGGACGCAUUGCUGCCCUUGAAGCGAUAAAACUGGAGACAGCACACGAGAACACCAACAAAUUUUCCGAUUGGGCUGGUUCGGUAAAGGAAGCGCCAGUGGUCAUUAAACAGAAGCUGAGGCCCCUGUAUGAGCUGGUGAAGGAAGUGUCGUGUGCUGGCAUUAAGAAAUACCACCUCAAGCGCGCCACUGAGACCUAUUUGAUGGAGAAACACCCUUGUCACUGUCAAGCUUGCCAGAACAACGGAGAGCCUGAGAUGGGGGAUAAUGACGUGUGUACAUGCGUGUGUAAGCCAGGAACUGAGGGACCCGGUUGCCAAAUAGGCAAAGAGGUGGAUCAGCUGCCCGGACUCAUCCAUGGGGGCUGGACUUGCUGGUCAGCCUGGAGCGGCUGCUCUGGAGGCAGGAAGAGGAGAACUCGGACAUGUAGUCGUCCCACUCCUUCAGGGGGAGGAAAGUACUGCAACGGAGAGCCUGUGGAGACUUCCCCCUGUGAUGGUGAAGAGGAUCUGAACUACUUGCGUGAGAUGGAGCCUCACUGUUUUGAUUCGUCUUUGAUGCCAAGGAAAACUUGUGGAACGCCUCCCUCCUUGGUUAAUGGGUUUGUUCUGCAACCCAGAGAUGUCUAUAUCGUGGGCAGUAAAAUAGAAUACACCUGUAUUGAGGGAUACCAUCUCCUUGGCGACCCCAUUGCUGAAUGUACUGAGGAUCAAAAGUGGGAGAGACAUGCGAUGGAAUGCCGCAGCACUAUGUGCUGGACUCCUCUUCUUCCUGACGGAAUCGCAGGCAGCCCCUUGAAGUCAAACUACAUAAUUGGAGAGACAGUCCAGCUGUCGUGCCCUGCUGGUGGAGCUCUUGUGGGACCAGCGGAGAUCCAGUGCAGCUCCAGCCUGUUCUGGAUACCAAACCCAAAGGACGUAACAUGCCAAGGUCCAGCGCCCACAAAAAUUCCAGAUGAAGUACUGUGUCAGCCAUGGGAAAAAAAGGCAAAGGACAAAUGUGUGUGCAAAGUGCCGUAUGAAUGCAAGCCAUCUCUAGAGGUUUGUGCGACCAGCGAGAGGACCAGGCGCACAGACCGCUUGACCGCGUGUAAGGUCCAUGCUCUGUGGUGUUUGGGGCAGAAGUACAGUUUGGCUGAGGACGGCGCCUGCAAACUGUCGACAUCCUCGGAUAAUUCCUGUCCCGACUGUCAGCUUUGGGAGAGCUGCGAUGAACAAACUGGCAAGUGUCGCUGUAAGACGCCUGAGGAGUGCUCGAGUCUGGGCCCGUGGAUCCAGGUGUGCGCGCGUCUAGAUGGUGGCUCCGAGGCGCUGACACUGACAGAAUGUGAGGCGGGACUGUGGAGGUGCAAGGGAAAACAGGUCCAGAUCAUCAGCCUCCAGCGCUGCCAAUCAGAGCCUACGUUAACACCAGGGCCAUGA